AUGAGUGAAUACAGAGGUCACAAGCAACAUGAAAUUGAAGAUAUAGGUGAUAUAGUCGAUCUGGAUCAUAUCAGCAAUCUACCAGAUUAUAUUCUUCAUCAAAUUCUGUCUUUUAUGCCCACAAAAGAAGCUGUAAAGACGUCCAUACUAUCUACAAGAUGGAAGAACCUCUGGGUUUCUGUUCCCACCAUUGAUUUUGAUGAUGAAUUGUUGAUGGCUAAAUUGGCUGAUGGAUGGCUUCGGCCUGAUGUGACUUCCUUUGUGAACUUUGUAGAAAGAGUCUUACGAUUACAUGAUGCAUCAAAUAUGGAGAAGUUUCGUCUAUCAUGUUGUGUUUAUCGUAAUGCAUUUCAAAUAAGCUCAUGGAUUUCAGAUGCAAUCAUUCACAAUGUUCAGGAGCUUGAUAUGUCUCUCUUUGCAAAGGAUCCAUCUGUGAUUCCUCAGUCUAUGUUUCAUAACACAUCAUUGGUUAGCCUGAAAAUAAGAAUGAACUGUGCUAUUCAACUCCCAUCUCACGUUUCUUUUCCAUGCCUGAAAACCUUGCACAUGUCCUUUGUUCGAUUCAUGCAUGAUGAUUUUACAGAAAAGCUUUUCUCAGGCUGCCCAGCUCUAGAAGAAUUGUCUUUAUCAGAUUGCAGGUGGAUUAACUUGAAGAGCAUUGCAAUUUCUAGUUCCACAUUAAAGAGCUUGAGCAUACGUGAUCUGACACACUUUGUGGUAUUUGAUGAUCCUACCAGUGGCUGUAAGAUCAAGAUCGAUGCAGCAAAUCUUACAUAUUUUGGAUAUUUCGGAAACCUAUUAAACGAGAUCAUCUUUAAUGAUACAAUGUCUCUGGACAAAGCAUUCAUUAAGUUUCCUAAUCCCGGAGAGGGGGUAAACAAAGUCGCAUGUCGAGCUAUUGAUCUAUUUCAACAACUAAAAUAUGUAGUGUCUUUGACGUUAUCUAAUCACACUAUGGAGGGAUUCAUGUGCGACAUGCACCUUGGUGAGAACAAUUCAACUUGGUCAUCGAUGCCUAUAUGCAUAACGAACUGCCUCAAGACAGUGACCUUGAAGAAUUUUCAUGGUUAUAAUUCAGAAAUAUGUUUUCUCAAACGUAUUUUGAAGACUGCAUGUGCUUUGGAGAUGAUGGAUAUUUGGUGGUCCAAGACCAAGACUUAUCUACGUGAUCUGAAGAAGAAAAUAGAGGUCAGGAAGGAAUUGGAGAAAAUUGAAAGGAAGGCUGCAGCUUGUGUCAUCAAGCUCUCAUGA